UGUUGUUUUUGUUCAUAAAAUGAAAGUCAAUGACAUCCAGUGUUGUUUUGAACCUCAUUGACCUUCAUUGUAUGGACAAACACUUUUGAAACCUUGUUUAAAAUAUCUUCUUUUGUUUUAUACUGAAAAUCAUAAAGUCAUACAGGUUUAAAACAUCAUGAGAGUGAGUAAAUGAUGACACAAUUUUCAUUUUUGUGUAAACUAUCUUUUUGCAGAGUGCAUUGUUGACUUUUCGUGUCGUUUUUGGAACCUUGAAAUGCAGCAUUGGAAAACUUGGCUGGGGUUUUUAUGAAAUUCCACCCGUGCUCUUAGACUAAAAGAAGUAAUAUGCAUUAGUUUAUCUAGUAUUUAUGUUACCUUUGUCAAAUUAAGCUAGGGUGUCUGGGAAAAGAGCCCUGACAAGCUCUUAGUGUGGUCCAACGUGUGUGCUUGGACAUACUUCCAACAGCAAAGAUCAGGUCAGUAGGGGUGGGACUGCACAGAUUACUGCGUCCCUGACUAUAUUUAGUGUCCGUCCCACACGGCCCCAGCCAAACAGCUGCCAUAUCAGCAGGGCGUUGAAUGGUCGCCUUGCACUGGUAGCAGGGCACCAAUGUGUCUGACUGGUUAGGCAAGACCCAGGUUUCUACCUGGGUUAAAGCAGCAAGAUGGAGGCUGAAGAAAUGGUGAUCCGUCUACCAGGACGUUCCAGUGCGCCUGGCGGCAUCGGCGAGACGACGGUGCUCAGGCACAAAGAGGUUCACCACUUUUUUUUCCUACCUUUCAGGGAGCAGCCCAUCUACAGCACCCGAGCACACGUCUUCCAGAUAGACCCCAACACUAAGAAGAACUGGAUGCCCACCAGCAAACAUGCGGUCACUGUAUCUUACUUCUAUGACAAUACCAGGAACGUGUACAGGAUCAUCAGCUUGGAUGGAUCAAAGGCAAUAAUAAACAGCACUAUCACCCCGAACAUGACCUUCACAAAGACGUCUCAGAAGUUUGGGCAGUGGGCAGACAGCCGUGCCAACACGGUGUAUGGGCUGGGUUUCUCCUCUGAGCAUCAUCUGGCCAAGUUUGCAGAUAAAUUUGCAGAGUACAAGGAAGCAGCUAGGAUGGCCAAGGAGAAGUCUCUAGAAAAGAUGGAGCUGGCAAGUUCGCCCUCUCAGGAAUCGCCUGCCGAUAUUCAUUCCCCCCUGACUCCACCCGUCACUGCGGACCUCUGUCGAAUCAAUGGCACUGGUGAUGACGUCACUCUGUCUGACGUGUCACCGAAUUCUAUGCUCCAAUCAGACCUUUCCCCGACCACGCCGACACUUGCACACAGCCCGGCUACCAACAAACACUGGGAAGCAGAGCUUGCAGCACUAAAGAGUAACAAUGCCAAGCUCACAGCUGCUCUGUUGGAGUCCACAGCCAACGUCAAACAAUGGAAACAGCAGCUAGCAGCUUAUCAGGAGGAGGCCGAAAGGCUACACAAACGGGUUUCUGAAUUGGAAAGUCAGAGUAGUCAAACCAAUGUGAUCAAAUCCCAGAAAACGGAGCUGAACCAAACAAUAGAGGAGCUGGAGUGUACACUGAAGGCAAAAGAAGAGGAAAUGGUGAGAUUGAAAGAAGAAAUAGAAAAUGCAAAGCAGCUUCAAACUCAGAAAGAUGAACUCACUAAAAAAUUAGAGGACACAGAUUUGCGGAACAAGGAGCUUGAGGAACAGUUGGCUGAUCUGGAGCAACGUCUGGAGUCAAGUCAAGUAGAUCAAGAGAACCUCCGCAAGAACCUCAAAACUCUGCUGGAGAUUCUGGAUGGAAAGAUCUUCGAGCUGACAGAGCUGAGAGACAACCUAGCUAAGCUCAUAGAGGACAGCUAGACUCCUCCACCUCUCGCCUCAAAACUUGACUUUAAUGCCACUUUCCUCCUUUUACGAAAUACACAGCGUCCGAUUCAGGCCGAGAGUGUCUGGUGUACUUUUGAGCGACGCCUCGACUGUCGGUCUCUCCUUCACUCACUCACACGGAAUGAUUAACCUUUGGUUGCACUUGAUUUUGUAUUUUUGAGGUGGGUUCGUUCUCUUCAGUGCCACUGCUACCUACCAAGUUUUAUUGUCAACAAUACUCCUGUACUUUUAUUGAUGUUUCCUUGAAUUUUCCCCCGAAAUAGGCAGCCUGCAAAGAACAUGGCUGCAUAUAGGCUCCUACUCUUUAAAGGUGCUGGUUUCGUGUGCCUGGCUGUUGGCGUUAAUGGACGUUUCUUAUGCUGCUGAGGACACUACAUGAAUUACACUGACUGGAUCUUCAGUCGUAUUUUAAGACUGGAUAUUCAGAGCCAUAUGUUGUAGCCAAAUGUUAUUGGCUUGCCUCUUCCCCUUCAUGGAAACUGCCUCAAUGUUCAGUCAGUCAAAGUUUCAGGAUACUCAACCGCUGACCUAUAAUGCUCUUGACAUUUAGCAGACUCUGAGACGUAGAUGUGGCAUAUGCUUUAGGCCUGUAAUAUACACUGAGCAAUAUUAGUGUGAGCGUCUGUAUGCCAGAUUAGUGCGAGCCACCUCAGUGCGUCUGUCAGGUACUCAAACAAUGGAAAAGAUGAAUUUAUGACCUGUUAUAGGUAAACUCUGGAUUUAUCCAAUGACCAGUAUAAUGCUUUUGGAUCAUAUUGGCCUUAUAAUAACCCGUAUCUAUACAUUUUUCAGGAUUUUCUUGAAGACAAGGAUCUUCCUUUGUUUGUUGACUUACCAAAUGCAAUUAUUUACUCAAUUCCUUACAAUUUUCAAUAACAAUAUUAUUGUAAUAUUUAAAAAGUCCAUCCUGCUGAUGGGAAACUACGAUACAUAGAUCACUGUCAGUAUGAUUGUAUUUAUAUGUGGGGAAAUUCUGUUUUAAAUUUCCCAAUGUUAAUAAAGACUAUUUAAAGAUA